AUGGAGUAUAUAUUUACAGUGACACUUUACAAGGAAAUGCCCCCAUUGUAUCAAUUUGAUGACUACGAUCAAUGCCUCCGAUUCAAUGGCGACAGCUCCUUCACUAAGGCGACGUACUGUGUCGUGUAUGCGGAAAUUGUAGCUAAUAAAUCUUCAACUCUUUGGAAUGAAAUUUCCAGGAUCUCUUUGGACAAUCUGCAUCACUUCAGGCAUGAUCACUUGUUUUUUGGAGUAUGCCUACAACGCUGUAAGAAACUACUGAAACCAUUCGCCAAAAUCCGUAUUAACGAGCUAUCACAAAAUGGGGACAUUCAGGAUAUUGAGCUUCUUAAUUACUACAUUAACGUACAUAAACGCGAAACUGACAAACGUGUUCAGCAUGGAAAAGUUUUUAGCAGCUGUCUAAAUUAUGAAUUUCAGAAAAGAUAUGGACUAAAAUUGCGUACAAGCGUUGAGUACUGCGAGGAAGCGCAAACACCAUUGAAACAUGAUGCAUUAGACAUCGUGAUUUAUACCAUCUUCGGGAUAAUAUCUUUGUUUACCAUUUUUUCAACCAUGUAUGAUUAUCGUUUGAAGACAAAACAACCUCUGAGUAAUCAGAAUAACGAGUUCUAUAAAAAUCAAUUUGCGAGCCCAGCUCAACAAGUUUUGCUCUCAUUCUCUAUUUGUCGAAAUUUCUAUCGCAUCACCGAUUCUACGAAAACACGCAGUCAAACUGUAGAGGAUCUUAAAUUCUUCGAUGGUCUACGUGUAAUAGGCGUAUUUUUGGUAUUAUUUGCACACUCUUUAAUACUGUAUAUGGCUCUACAAAUUGAGAAUCCGGAAUUUUUCGAAAAAUUUUUCUAUCGACCAGAAACGGACAUUAUUGAAAAUGGCGCUGCUAUAAUACAAAUAUUUUUUGUUAUGAGUGGAUUUUUAUUAUACGUUAACUUCAAUGAAAGAAAAUUGAUCAACACCAACACAACCAUACGCGAUUGCAUAAUUGUCUACUUCAAAAUUUUCUUCCAUAGAUAUUUGCGGCUUUUACCGUCUCUAAUUAUGUUGAUUCUUUUUAACUCAACCAUACUUGCACGAUUACAAAAUGGACCAUAUUGGAGGCAUUAUGUGGAAGCGGAACGGGUGUUUUGUCGCGAAUAUUGGUGGCAAAAUGUUUUUUUCGUUAAUAAUUACCUUCUUAGGGAGAGUUGCUCACACCAUACAUGGUAUCUCGCUGCUGAUAUGCAACUAUUCGAAUUAUUUUUGAUAGUUUUGAUCGUAAUAACCAAAUUCCCCCGACUACGCAUCGUCGCAUAUGCCAUCCUCUUCGUAUUGACUUUUUCUGUUACUGGUUUAAUUACAUACUUUCUAAAGCUCAAGCCUAUAUAUCAUACGACCCCGGAAAACUAUCGCUAUAUGUUUUUCCGAAAUGCUGAAACUUUUUAUCAGGCAUACACCCCGUUUUACACUAAUAUUGGAGGUUACUUUUUCAGCUUUAUAACUGCUGAGUUAUAUUUGAAGUUAAGGCAUAAAUCCGAACGAUACCGUGGAUUACUAAGUUACGAAAUCGGUUGGUGGCUCAUAUUUCCGAUUUCUUUUGGUUUACUCUUUGGCGCAGGAUUCUUGAUGUCGUUGGAAUUUGAGCAGCCUUCAGUUUGGGUAGCUUUAUUUGCAAGCCUAUAUCGGAAUAUAUGGGUUCUGAUUUGCUGUGGCGCAGUUUUAGGCAUGUGUCUAAAAUUGGGUUGGAUUGCAUAUGAAUUUUGCUGUCUUCCAAUUCUGCGCAUAUUUUCAAAAAUUUCAUAUCAGGCAUAUCUCUGGCACUUGGUCGUACUGAGGUUAACGGGCGGUUUCUAUAGGCAACCAAUUUAUAUUAAUCGCUUUUAUUUGAUCAGUCAGAUUAUAGUUGCAUUUUUUCUAACGCAACUUAUCGCUUUCGCUUUUGCGUUGUUUGUGGAGUAUCCGAUCGCAGAAAUAAUUAAAUGCAUACUACCAUAUUACAAAUCUGAGAGAAAACAAAGGAAAAGAGAUAUUUACACCUUGAAUUAG